AUGGCUGCUAAGAUGCAAGGGUGGAAGAAUCAUCUUCUAUCACAUGCCGGGAGAGAGGUUCUUAUAAAAGCAAUUGUGCAAGCUAUCCCUUCCUAUGCAAUGGCGUGCUUUUUCUUCCCUCAAAAUUUUUGCCAGAAGAUGGACGCGUUUAUUCGUAAUUACUGGUGGAAAGGAGACCCAGGAGAGAGAGGCAUCCAUUGGGAAAAGUGGACAUCCAUGUGCAUGUCCAAACACGAAGGUGGCAUGGGCUUUCGAAACUUUUCACAUUUCAAUCAAGCACUACUUGCUCGACAAGGUUGGCGACUAAUAAACUCCCCCAAUUCUUCCUGGGCUAGGAUGUUUAAAGGGAUUUAUUACCCUCAUUCAGAUUUCUUACAAGCAGCUAGAGGGGCUAGAGCUUCAUGGGCAUGGUCAAGUUUGUUGAAGGGCCGGGAGUUACUUUUAAAAGGAUGUCGCUGGCAGAUUCAUAAUGGGCUUUCGGUGCGUUUCUGGGAUGAUCGCCGGAUACCAACUCUCACCAAUUUUAAGGUCUCAUCCCUUCAACCCCCAGGCAGUGGUAUUGUGACUGUUUCGGAUGCUAUAGACCCUGUGACUAAGCUAUGGAAAGUUGCGGUCCUACGCACACUUGUCUCAGGUUUGGAAACAGUGCCUUUUAUAGAUAAGGCAGAUACUCUCGUUUGGCACCACACCAAGUCGGGAACAUACUCUGUUAAGUCUGGCUAUCACCUUUCUCGCAAGUCUUCGGAUAAGCAUCUCUCAAGGCAACCUUCAUCCUCCUUCUUCUUUGAGGUUUUUGGCGACAAAUUUGGAACCUGCAAAUCCCCCUCAAAAUCUGCCACUUUUGGUGGCGAUCCUGCAAGAAUGUCUUGGCAACAAAGGCAAAUUUGGCGAAACGUCGUCACUGGAAAGGAAACUCUAAGCCAAAGUGCUUUGAUUGGCUGGUAUAUAUGGAAGAUUCGCAAUGAUUUCAUUUUCAACUCAGUGCCUGUUAACCCAUCUGACACACUCCAAAAAAUUCACCAUGGUUGGAAUGAAUAUUUUCUACAGGGUGGGGAAGAGACCAUAGCAGCACUGGCUGAUAAUUCCAUGGCAGUCGGAUCUGCGUCUGGAUGGACUCCACCUCUGGUGGGGACUAUUAAAGUAAAUUGUGAUGCAUCUUUCCACCGGUCUUCCGCCAAAGCUUCUGCAGCAGCUAUCAUGAGAGAUUCAGAAGGCCAUUUUAUUGAUAGGGUUGUCACCUCCUUCUUUUCAGCAUCAGCCCCGCAAGCGGAAGCCGUUGCGGUACGUCUAGCCUGUCGUUUGGUCCAAAUGUAUGGGCUUUCCUUGGCUGAUAUCGAGAAUGACAAUCAAGAACUCAUCCACCUGUGUGUGUCUGAAACAGUCCCUCCAUGGGAGAUCAAGGUAGCAGUGGCUGAUAUUCGAAGCCUUGCAAGGGAUAGAGCUUGGAAGUUGCUGUGGACCCGAAGGACAAACAAUUCUGCUGCUCACUGGGUGGCUACUGCUGACUAUAGAUCAUCACUUCCUGCUAGUUGGGUCACCAGUGUGCCAUUAGAAUUUGCUUCUGUUCUUUCCCAUGAUGAAUCUGCUCAUCUUUAG